AUGCAAGAGGCUGACAAGACUUUGGGUAUGCUUUCCUUUGCUGCCACAGAUGUGGCGCGUGCCAUGCGUGAUGCUGAUCCUGCAGCUCUCCUACCAGACCCGGUUGUGGAAAAUGUGGCGGCAACUCUAGCCAGUAGCGACGGAAUAACCAUUGAAGUGUUGCACAAGCUUGGCUGUCCCAUCUGCCACUGCAACAUGACUGCAGCUACGCCCAGAGAUUGCCGUAUUUUGACAUGCUCUGGCCUGAUCGGUCCGCGGCAUGUGCCCUUGCGAUGCCAGAGAAGGAAAUGCGCAGCUCAAAACAAAGUGGUGUGGGCCAAUUUUCAAGCAGAUUCGAGGGGAUGUUACACUUGGUUAGAUGGGUCUGUCCGACCAGAUGUAGCGAUGUUGUCCCCGGCUUUUGGAGUUACUUGGGAAUGGCACGCGCAGUUCAGCAAGCGUAUGCUGCACCAUCAUGCAACCUUUCUAGGUGAAAGUUACGUGCACGCCUUUACGGACCAUGGGCUUUCGCAUGGGCAUGAGCUUGUAGCAAGCGCUUGGAUGAAGCUCCAGCUCCUGCGCCGUUGGCCUCAACUCAGUGACGCUCCCUACCCUUUGAGCGACAGCUUCGCUGAUGUGCUUGCUGGCUGCAGAGAGCGGUAUGACGCGCUGGUCGCAGAAGAGUUUCGGCAGGGUGCUCCUGAUAUACAGGUGGCUGUGGUGGAUGGCAACCAGAAACUGAGCCGCCGCUGCUGUGCGGAGAUGUUUACCAGCAUUGCAUCCGUUCCAGGAACAAAGCUGAAAUAUCUGCAGGAUUGUUCUCGCACACCAAAAAGGAAAUCAGCUUUUUGUUGCGAUCACCAGAGGCCCUUCAAGCGUGACUGUGGGGUUGCUGUGAUCAAGAAGCGCUGUCUACACACUGAACCCACAGAGUUGCUGCGGUGCGUUCCUUCCACUGCGUGCGUCAGUGAGUGGCCGCUGAUUGAUUGGCUACGGGACCAGGUGCACUUGCACUCCAAACGUGCCACAGACAAGAAUGGCUCGGACUUGGACAGCGUGCAAGCAGCAGAUUUUGUUUCGUGUCGCACUGUGAAGAUGAAGCGUCGCCUAAAUCGGCGCACUGGUGGCUGGCUCCUGGCCUGUGGGGGCGACGGUAGGGUGUUGCAUUGCAUGGAAUUCCUCGGAGGUGAAUCUUUGACACAGCGUGCUGCCUUCGUGGCGCAAUUGAAAGAGCGGUAUCCAUCUUUGAACACAAUUCUCCACGAUGAUGCGUGCCACUUGAGGCGCUUCAUGGACCGGAGGGCGGACCAACGCAAGUCUUUUCUGCUACUUGAGCGCCGUGCCCGCAAUCAAGAUUCAUCUCAGUGGAGGAAAACGGCCUUCUUUGAGGCGGUGAGCAGCGACUACGCAUUCCGAAAAGGGAAGGGGCGUUCCUACAAGGCAGGCUCCUUUGGACGAUUAGCAAACUUGGAUGAAGUUUACCCAUCCUUCCUAUCCUUUGGCCUGAUAGAUGGGGAUUCCAAGAGCAAGACCAGUGUCAAUGCUCACACUAGCUUGCUGAAUCGCUUCUUGCAGACAGGAGGGUCUUCCAAGAUCACGCGGACAGCCGGCGCCUAUGGUGGAGUCGGCGCUGAUACAGUCAGUUUCGCCAUGGUUGGCAACUGCCACCCCAGCAUGGCAAUUUCGAUGUUGGAAGGGGAGACUGGCUCGACAGUGGCUGCGCCGCACGACCGUUUUGACACAGCCGACGGUGCCGAAGACGAAUAUGUUUUCACGCUGCCAGACGGAGUGACAUCUCGCUUUCGUUACUCUGCUGAAGGCACUGCUUUGGUUCGCAUUCCUUCCCGGCAGAUUGUCGAGAAAUGGUCUGUGCGUGAAUGCACGCAGCGUGUCCUGGAACAGUUCCAAGAGCCACAUCAGAAGCUGCAGUUCGACGCUCCUGGCAGGGCAGCCUUUCUGGGCUACCAAACUUUGCUCAACGUAAAGGCCAACGCCGCUGCCCAGGUGGGAAGUGACAGCUUGGCUACCCGCAUGUCGAUUGGUCCGUGGCAUCUUGGCAUGCUCAGUGGCCUGAUGCGAAUCUUCGAUACAUUCUUGGGCGCUGCCGAAGAAGAUGCUAUGAAGGUGAUUGGCAAAGAACACGUUCUACGGGCAUGGCGGUUGCUACAAAUUCUUCACAAGAUUCGCGGUUUGUGGGCGAAGCUUGAAGACGAUGGCACCAAACCAUGCAAGGUAAAGCCUGCUCCUGCUGAACUCUUAGCGAAGGUUCGUGAAGGUGUUGAACUUCCUCCUGGUAUGGCUGCUUUUCCUGCCACACAAGAGGAAGGCAAGCCGGAGUUGGAUAUGUCAGCUUCGACCAAGGCUUUGGAACUGAAGCAGGGAAAGGCUUUGGAAAAGGCCCUUGCUCUUGGCUAUGGUCCCGGGGAUGAGACAGUGCAGAUACCAGUGAGUUUCCUUAGCGAUCGGGAGAUCAUGAGGAGGACCGUGCUUAGAGGAAAAUCGACUGUUACCUUCCCAGACUUGCAUGAGCCUCCGCAAGAAUGA